AAUUUGUUACAAUAGUAACGAUAUGCGUGCGAACUCCAGGGAUUUUGAGUUGGUAGAAAAGGUAUUCUCAGAUAUUGGAACCUCAACAAGGAUUGCUAAGGAAGUGAUGCUCAAAAUGCAGGAAUCAAACGAUCAGCGGCUGCAUUCGCUAGAAGAAGAAAUACAAUUGAUGCAAUCAAACUUGAGACAUGCGAACAAAAUGAAUGAAAAUCAAAAUAAUCACUUGCGAUUUCUUUUGGGUGCGAACUGCUUUUUGAACGCUCGUGUUGCUAGCCAGGAAACGCAUUUACAAAAAGAAAAGGACAUAUACGAAGAAAUCCUGAAGGAAUGUGAAUACUUGAAACGUCAAAUAUCAACAGAACGUUCUCGAUGCUGAGACAUGGCGGAGAAGAAAUGAUUUCGAGACGACAAUUGGAUCAGAUGUCUAGGGAGCAUGCUAAUGAGUUACAAAUGUUAAAGACGGAAAAAGAAUUGCUCGAAAAGAAUCAGUUGCAAUUACUUCAAAAGGAAACGGAAGAGUUCAACAUAAUGAAAGAAGAAAUUGAAAGACUGCAUCGUGAAGUACAGGCAGCAAGAACUCGUGAACUUCUGGCAAUAGCUCAAUCUCCGACAGCCAUUCGAGAAAUCUGUGUAAAAAACGAAGAAACUCUUUGGAAGGAAAUGGACCUUCUUCAACAAGAAAUUUUGCAAAGAGAAGACGAAAUAAAAGAACUUAAUAAUUUAUUACAAUCCGUUCAGUAUUUGCAAAAUGAGGACAGAUGUAAAUUACAUGGACUACUGCAACAAAAAGAAGGAACAAUUAUCAUCCUGACGAAGCAGAAAGAAGUACUUCAAACGAGACUGAACACGGUGAAACAAACUAUCGAGUUACUGAGGCAAGAGUCUGCUGCUACUUUGGGCGUUAUUAGCGAACCAAGUCAGCAACUGAAACAAAUGAUCGAAAAAGACGUGCAGUUAGAACAUGAAUAUAAGAGGAUUCAACAGGAUCUUUGUAAACAUGAAAGGCUUUGUAGUGACAUCGAAAACACUACGAUGGUUAAUGAAGAAAAUAUGGUUCACCUUUUGGAAGAGAACAAUGCACAUGCAAGGUCCGACGAAGAUGCGCUUGAAAACGAAAUACUUUCAGCAGACGUAUCAACAGCAAACGAAAUACUUCUAGAUGAUGUAUCAACAGCAAACGAAAUACUUCUAGAUGAUGUAUCAACAGCAAACGAAAUACUUCUAGAUGAUGUAUCAACAGGAAUCAAAAUACCCCCAAGAGACGUAUCAACAGAAAACGAAAUACUUCCAGGAGACGUAUCGACCAUUUAUAAUCGAUUGAAUCCGGACGAGGAAAACAUGCCAGAAAACGCAGCAACUUUUCGCGAUGCCCUUGAUCCACUAAAAAUUGCUGAGCUCUAUAAGAACUUGUAUGCGAACCACUGGCCCGUUGCAUUUCAAGCAGCAAGCAGCUAUUUUUUUGGCAUGCCUGAACAUGAAAUAGUGAACACCAUUCUUGAAAUUUUUGAGAGGGUACGCAUAUUCUGUAAAGACACAUUCGAUAAACAGAAGCUGGCUAUAAUGGAACAAAUGAAGAACGAUUCAUCUGAUCUUGUUAACCUGGACGAAGCUCGUGUACUGGAAUUUAUGGGACAGGGAACAACGGAGUUUUCUCUAAGUUUGUUGCAUCAGAAAUACAGGGCGAUGGUCUUUGGUUCAUUCUUAGACGGCAAAUCCAUCUUCAUUCAAGAGAGUAUCCGAAUCUGUUGGUUAAUGAAUCUCUCCGAUCCGCCUGUUGUGGAACAUAAAAAAAUUAAAAGUGGUGACAAGUUUGAUCCAAAUUUAUAUCAAGUAUAUACUCACCAAGGUAACAAAGUACAGUUCGUUGUGCUGCCCGCACUGAUGCGCAAGGAUGGACCUAUCAUUGCAAAAGGUGUUGUUCAGUGUAAACCAUUUACGAAGGCUUCAUCGCGCAUGCAUAGAAAAGGAACCAAUACUCUCGCGCGCCGAUUUAGCAGUAGCUGGAUAGGCGCUGAACAAUCGCUUCAAGAUAAUUCACAUGGGAGCGAUUCGGCCUCAUCUUUAUCGGAAUGCAGUCAUCCUGCGCAACCAAACGGUGCAAAUGGAUCAGAUCUUGGUAGGAAGAAAUACCCAAAGGAGCUGACCCCAUCGGAGAGCGACUUGAAAAAAUAUCGUGUCUACAAAACAAUGUUUUCUGAUUUAAUUGUUAAAAGUAAGUUAGGAGAAAAAUUGUACGACAAAUGCUUGAAGUAUGAAGAGUGGAAAAACAAGCAAAAUUAAACUGCCUAGAUGUUUGGUACGCUUUAUUGCAAACGUCGAUGGACGAAAUGCUUAUAUACUCCUCAGUUUUAAUACUUUAGAUAUUUUACAUAGUUUUGUCCUGAAGUUGAAUGUAAAGCAUAUAAUUUAAUGGUGAUACAAAAUAUUUCUGCGAUCUGUCGACUGAUUGAAAUACUUAAAUAAGCGCAAAUUAUUUUCAACCGUUUAACGUUUUUUCAUAAACUUUGAACUUCGAAAAUUUGCCACGAAACAUAUGAUCACUGAAGAGAAUGUUCAAAGUUAAUUACAUGGGUACCAAAUGCAUUCUACUUGCAGCAAUAUGGGUUACGUUUGUGAACAAUUAAGAUCAUUUAUAAACAAUGUGGCAUAAUUUCUUUCAGUUUUAUCAGAUGCGCUUGUUGUGAAGAUUAUUUGAGCCACGUUCUGAAAAAAUUGGGCUUAUUGCUUGUGCGUAAAGUGUCGUCCCAGAUUAGCCUGUGCAGUCCGCACAUGCUACUCAGGGACGACGCUUUACGAUUUUAUGAAAUUUUUCGUUUACAUGAAGUCUCUUGUAAGUAAAAAUCAAAUUUUGGCCGAAAAUGUCGUCCCUGAUUAGCCUGUGCGGACUGCAUGGGUUCUCGAGCGUAAACUAAGGUUUUCAAAUGAUAACCUAGGUUCUCAUAAAAAAAAGUUUCUCAUGAAAAUCCAGGUUUUGAUGAAAAUCCUAUAUCAGAUCAAUCGUUACAUAAUUCAUUGGUACCGCAUUAAAUGAGUUUUAGAUAUUCAGUUCCCUUGUUCGGGCCUCAAACGACUGUACGGUGCAGUAUAGGGCUAUUUUUAUUUUUCUAUUUUAAGUAUGUAUGUGGUAUAUUGAAGCAAUUAUUAUGGUAUAAAUAGUAGUUUAAUCUCUAUUGAUAAUGUGUAAAAAAUGUAUUUUCCAAUGUUAAGAUAUCGGCCCACUCUGCAAGAAACACUUAUGCACUAAAGACUUCGCAAACAUAUUUCAAUAACUUGUGAUAUCUUCAAAAAUAAAGAUCUUAACGGCGUGUUUUCAUUCUGACCAGCCCGUGUUUCAUCAUAUAUGAACCAAAUUGAUCCUGCGCCCUGAAUAAUAUGUGUCCCUUAUUCCAAACGAGCAAGUUUACGCCGUCCGACGCGUAUUUCUAGGUUCUCAUGAGAACUAUGGUUUUAACAUUGUAAUUCUGGGAACCUAGGUUCUCAUGAGAACAACGGUUCCCUGAAAACCACGGUUAUGGCAAGCGGUUCGACGCAUAAUCCCAAGAAACUAGGUUUUUCAUGAGAACUUAGUUUUCCAUUCUGAGAACCUAGGUUCUUACCAGGGUCCGUAUUCACCAAACAAUUCUAAGACUUAAGUCUAAGAAUAAAGAAAAUUCUUUAAAUUAGAAUAUUCAAGAAUUCCUUUACUUUUGAAUCAAACUCUGCAGUAAACAUCUCUAUCUAUAUUAUUCUUCAUAUAGAACAUUUUGUUAAUGACAUAAUCACCAGUGAAGGCCUGUAUAUAUUCAAACACUGAACACAUUUUUCUAUGCUCUAAGUAUAUUCUUUAUUCUUAAGUCUAAGAAUCGGUUGGUGAAUACGGGCCCAGAACCUUGGUUUUCAAAUACGAACCUAGGCUAUCGCCGUUUGUUGCACAUU